GGAUUUUCGUAUACGGUGCCGGAUCCCGUCAGACUCUUUUGUGAUCCAAAAUUGGCAACAAACGUGUGUGGCGACGGACUCGACUGGCGUGAGAAAUAAACUUGUGAUCAUCAAGAUGACUGAAGGAGAGACCACUACAGAGACCCCGACCUCGGGAGCAGAGCCAGUUGAUGAGGAGGUUCUGACAAGAUUUGAGGAGAUGUUUGCCUCUAGAUUCACAGAUGCAGAUGAAAUGUUCCAAGAAUACAUGAAUACAAACAAAGAAGAACGAGUUCCACCUAUCUUAAACCAUUACCAAGUCAUGAAGCCCAGAAAUCAAAGAGGAUUCGGUCGUGGCGGCUACAACAACAGGCGAGGAAUGAAACGUCCAUAUGAUGGUCGCGAUGAAUGGUACGGUAACGACGGCAGAGGGAGAUGGCAUCAAGAGAACUACAACAGACAAGGUGGUGGAUGGGGCAGUGGUUACAACAGAGGAGGCUACGGUGGAGGAGGGUACGGUAACCAAGGAGGUUACGGAUAUAACCAAGGGUAUGGAAACCAGAGGUAUGGUAGGGGAGGGUAUGGUGGUGGUGGUGGAGGAGGUGGAUAUGGGGGAAGGGGAGGAUAUGGAGGCGGCUACGGCGGCGGAAGGGGUGGAUACCAAGGUGGUUAUCAGCAACAGGACAGAUCAUGGGGUGGCAACCGUGGUGGAAGGUUCCAAAGAGGAGGUGGACAACAGAGGAAGUGGGAAGAUUAUUGAUUUUUUAAUGUAGGAAUCCUUUGUCAUUUUUCCCCCUUUUUCGGGGGGGGGGGGGGUCUGAGGAAUAGUUGGCUUGUGAUUGUACAUGUAUAAUAAAACAGAAAAUAGAACUGUAAUGGUGGUCAUAUAAUGGCCUAACACUGAGCAUGUCACAAAGAAUGUAUCGCUUUUAAUGUGACAGUGACAAAUUAGCCGUCUUUAAAAAGUUAAAGGUCUUAGAUGUUGAGGAGAGAGGGAAAAUGCCAUGGCAGUAAUAACAGUUUAUCUUUUGUGAUGCUGGUUUUACUUUUGACUUAACACUUUAAUGCUUUCUUUUAUGGAGACAGUUCACAUGUAGAUGUGGUCUGGAUACCAAGUGAGAAAAUUUUCUGGUCAUUAAACUUCUCUGCAAAGUUUAGACAAGAUCUUGUUACUCCAGUGAUUAAAUAUAGGACUAGGAAGGUUGUCAUCUGUAUUAGGUUUGAGACAAGGACUCUGAUAGUUAUACUUACAAUGUGGUUAUGCUUGAUUUGUCAUUACAUGUAACCUGCAGGUGUUGGGUCUCUGUGAGUCUGAGAUAAUAUUACAUAUUUUCAAUGGAAACUGUCCAGUUGUGAAAUUAAAAAAUGCAUGCAUUUUCUCAUCAAAAAGUGUAAAGAAGGUUUUGUUAGGAAACAGUGUCCAUUAAUUUAAGCAUGAUUUAUCCCAUAUUUGCAAUAUUUUACUGCACUGUUUAUUGCUUGAUGUUUAAAUGUUGAUUGGUAUGUUACACA